AUGGAGAACGACCCAAAGUCUUUGACCUCUAACAGGCAACACCAGCCAAUAGCUCCAGCGGAGCAACGGCCAAGCAUUAGGCGGCCUGCACCUCAUGUUCGACCACCUCAUGAUCAAGAUGUCCAGGACCUAGAAAGCGCGCCUGUGAAUGGAGUUGACUUGAGGAGAGAGGUGGAGGCGAUCUUCACAUCCGCGCUGAGAGGCUCAGAGGUCCUUGAACGGCAACGCUACAUCGACUUUCUGCAGUCCAUCGGGUCUACUUUGCAUGAGGUGAAUCUCUUCAUGAAGGAGUUCCCAGAAGGCUCGUGGAUAUGUGUGAAAGACUUCUUGGAUUUCCUCUUCUACUCUACUCCUAAGGAGCAGCAGCAGUUGGAGGACGCCAGGAAGACAGCAUCGUUCUCGUUGCCUCUCCGUUUCACUUCAACAGAGAUGCCUUCCGUGUUGUGCGACAUGGUGGACAAGACCUUUAGGGGUCGCAUCAUCAAUGGAGCCAAAGAUUGUUACGCAUCCUACCCUGGGAAGUUCAAGACGGGCUUCGAAGCACUCUCCAGUGAUGUGGGUGAGUUCUGCGACCAGAGUGUCGCAUGCGUCUACUUCUGCAAAAAAAAGGAUGGCCUGGGCCGCCACCAUCCUGAUCCUGACGACGGCGAGGGACGGUGCUAUUGCAGAAGGAUCUACGGCGAAGGAAACCACACGAACAGAAACUACGAAGUGUUCGGCUACCUUCACUGGAUUGGGGGGCCCUACAACGACGGGGAUUGGUGGAGGAGGUGGAACGAGGCACAAAAGGUGGCGGACGCCAUGAACGCCGUCCUUCUUCGCAAAGACGCAAGCAAGGUGGAGCGAUACAAAGCGAGAAGAACAGCAGAGGAACGAUGGGAAGCAAGUGGCCGUGUCCCAGCCUGGGGGUGUUUUUGGUUCCACGUGUCCUUCCUGCAAUAA